GAGAGAGAGAGAUCUCAUAAUCCAGGGUGUUGUGUUUGACUGCACUGACAGCUGCUGCUUCUGAGUCUCAGCUCCAGAUCAUCUGAACAUUUCUUCUUCACUCUGCUGUAAACCUUUACCAAAAAAAAAACACAAAAUGGGAAAAGUGGAAGGUGGAAUGAAAUGUGUGAAAUACCUGCUCUUCAUCUUCAACUUCAUAUUCUGGUUAAUGGGUUCUCUGGUGUUGGCUGUUGGUUUGUGGUUGCGGCUGGAAAAUAACACAGUGUCUCUCCUGGACAGUGACGAAGCACCAGCCACCUUCUUCAUUGGAGUGUACAUCCUGAUUGCAGCAGGGGGUUUGGUGAUGCUGGUGGGGUUUUUCGGAUGCUGUGGUGCUGUUCGAGAGUCUCAGUGUCUCCUCGGCUCGUUCUUCGCCUGCCUCCUGAUCAUUUUUGCAGCUGAAGUUGCUGCUGGUGUCUUUGGAUUCCUGAAUAAAGAUACGAUUGUUCAGGACAUUCAGAACUUUUAUAAAAUGUCUGCUGAAGACACUAACAACACGGCGAUUCUCAGCAGCUACCAUCGGGUCCUGGAUUGUUGCGGAACUCAGGAUUCACAAAAAGACCUGUGUACCACCCGCUCACCUGACACCAAGAAUUGUGACGUAGCCAUUGAAGAGUUUUUCAACAGUAAACUCUUUAUCAUCGGAUACGUGGGGAUCGGAAUCGCCGGAGUCAUGAUUAUCGGGAUGAUCUUCAGCAUGGUGCUGUGCUGCGCAAUCCGGAACAGUCGUGAAGUCAUCUAACUUGAUGACCUUUUGAACUUUAACCUCUGCACCAGUUUUCAAGAUCAACAAAAGUCUUGUUUUCCAUCAUUCAAAACAUCCAGUCAGAAUCUAAUGGAAGGAUUUCUUACUUUAAACCUUUUUAGUUUGUUUGGAUUUAUUAAUACGGUAUUUUUUCACUUUACCUGCUGGAUGGGUGUCGUUAAUAUUACGUUUGUGAAGCUGAUUUAAAGAAUUUAAUUUAAUUUAUGUAUUUCCGUCGAUGUUGAAAUGAGAUGCGUAAUUUAAAGACUGGGGGUCUCUGGAGUCACAUGACUGAGGGAGAUUAGACCAGUGAAGUCCAGUAUAGCGACUGUCCUAGCGAGUGUAAAUAACACACGAAGUCGUAUUUAAUGGUCCGAGUGCACUACCCCUCAGGAGGGUGUUUUAAGAGGCAUGAGUACUGACCACACUGUGUAGUUUGGGACGCGUCCACAGUCGAGUGAUGAAGUUAAUCUAGAAUUAGUGCUUGACCGCUUGUAGAUAAAUAAUCCUUGGUAGUGCACUCAGCCUUUUGGACCUGAUUAACACCAUAAUCUGCCAAUUUGAAUUGCAUUUUUGACAUUUGCUCAUAUCCACAUUGCAUUACAUAGUCACCGAGGACAGAUUUGUGCAUGUUGUGAUUUAUACUCCCUUUUUGGAACACGUGUGAUGGAGGAUAUCUAUGCCGUGCUGUUGGUUUGUGUAGGAGUUGUCAUUUUGGAGUAAUUCCUGUUCGAAGAUGAUGUAUACGAUCAGUUAAGGUGCCUUGCUCUUUUAUACGACUUAUAUCACCUGAGAUCUUCAACCUGUCCAGUUUAUAUAAUACAGAUGCACCUGUUUGUGUUCCAGUCUUCUUUUUAACACACGCUUGUCCACUUCCUCUUGGUUGAGGCCAUUACCCUACCCAACUGAGGAAAUGUGUUGUGUAAGUGUUAAUGAGCGAUCAAGUUGACCAACGUUCACACUAGCAAGUGAGAAACUGUCCGUGUCACUUGUAGUUUGUCACCCGUUGCUUUGUCGCUUGCUAGUUUAAACUUGCAGUACUUCAAGAACACAACUUCCUAUUCCCAGAGUUUCAAAAUGGAGGACAAAAUUUAUAAGAGUGAAAAAAAACACUUCCCAGUUUAUGAAACUGCUUUACUUUCCUGCUAAGUAGCUAAUUAACAUACCAGCUAGCUAACUAACAUUCCAGUGUAGAAAACUAAUGCAGUUCCAUCAGCUGUGUCUAAAUUUUAUAGCGUUUGUGGUGCAUAUAGUGAAUAAGUGUGUAUAAGGACUGACGUUUGGAUCCUCUCCUUGUGCUCCAAGUGCACAAUUGUUGUACAGGGCUUUCCCCAGAAAAAGAUAUCAGAGUGGUGCUACUGAUGCGGAGCCCAUCCUGUAAGCAUUGGCCUGGCCUGGAGGGCCCCGAAGGCUGCUAGCGGGCUCUGGCGGCAUGCUCUCCUGGAAAAUUUUAAAAUUAGAGACUUCAAAUGGUGCAAUCUGGUGGCAUGUAGGACUGAUUUUAGGUACAAUUCAAUAUAAUUAAACUUGCUGUUUUUCACCUUGUCAAAUAUGCAAGAGGCAAAAUGAGAUUUGAAAUGAAAACACUAGAAAUAGUCAAGUCAGAGAAAUAUUUAUUUUAUUGCACCACAAAAAAUGCAUAAUAUUGAACAAUAUAGCAGCAGAAAUCAGAAUAUUAACAGUACAGCGGUCAACUACAGACCUGCAACCCAACAGGUAAAAGUCCCACACAAAAGCCUGCAGUAUAGUACCAGGAACAGAAUCGACCUCAAAUCACGCAGCAGCGCCAUAGUGACCAGCGCCGAGAGCGUGGUUUUAUGUCUGGUUGUGAAUGGCAGUCAGUGCACGCAGCGAAACCUUUUAUUUUCACUUCUGGGUUGAGUACCAGGAUCAUCUAGACCUAUAUUUAUUACUCAUUUUCAGAGGGGAAUAGGAGAUAUUUAAGUGCAAAAAGUAACUCUGCAUUGUUCAAUUUAUGGUAUUGAUUUUUUUUUUGCAAGUGAAAACAUAGCGUUGAGCGUCACGUAUCUGCACUUUGGGGAAAGCUCUGUUGCACAUAAUGUAAAUGAAAGACACAACUAGUGAAGGGAAGUCGACGAGUACACUUCCAGGAAUGAAACACCUGAUUAGCAAAAACUCAUGAAUAAAACAUGGCCUGAGUGAAGAUCAGUAGGAAUUCAGAAUGUUUCCUGAAGUAGGUGUAGUUUACUAAAUUCUCUUCUUGCAGACGCUGUUUAAGGCAUGUGCUGAUAUUAUACAGUGUAUAUAUAACACGCAGUACUCAACAAACGUGAUACAGUUAGCAUUAUUUUGGACACAUAGGUCAUGUUUGGACUUUCAGAGAAGCAGCAUAAAGACAGAUCUCUUAUAAUUCUGGACAAGCCACUCACAUUAUUCUCUUCCCUGGACAAGAACGAACAUGAAAGACGGAAUGACCACUCAGUCUUCAGUACAAUUCAGACGCGAUUCCUGACGUGUAGAUAUCUGUUAUGGUAGUUGCAGCAAAAGUUCCACUUCAUACUUUUCAAUUUAAUACAAACUGCUUAAAUAUAACUAGGAUUGAAUUGAAACUGUCGCUGAAUCUUAAUUUCAGUUUUGCAGUAAACUUGAAUCCUUUCCUUUAAAAUUUGAACCACACAAAUGAAAUGCAGUCUUAUUGUUGAUUUAUAUUUAACAGUUAUUCCAUGAAAUCGAGUCGUACCUGAGCUGAUAGUCGUCUAUAAUCCGUGUACGACAAGAUUGAGUGGAAUAACUGUUUUAUUCUCAACACAUUCACUGGAUUUUGAGAAACAGAGCAUUUUUAUUUUUUGCAAAUUCGAUAAAUAAAAACUUUAUACAAAACGUCCGACAAAAUCAUUUCCACUUAGAAUGUAAACAAACCGGCGAAAUGACAGGAGCAAUUUGUGAAAAAUGUGAUAAUUCUUGAAAAAUAAAAAAGAUACGUUCUUACCAUCAAAUACUUUUAUUCCAUAUUUUGUUGCUGGGUGUUUUGUUGUCUUGUUUUUUUUGGAUUUCUUCUUGUUCUUUAGGGUUUUUUGGUAGUUGGCAAACCAACUUAAAGCUACAGUACCGACACCGACUGGGCUGGAGUGUGGAACAGGAAAUACUGGGGGGGGGGACAAAAAACUAUAUUCUUUUAGCCAGUUCUGUUUCUUUUAAAUACUUGAUAAUUUCUAGGGUUUUGUUUUUGAGUAGUUUUUAUUUUGUCCUCGGUUGGUUCAGCAACACACCAUUUUGUUUUUCUCUACUCACUGUAUAUGAGCUGAUAUCCUAGUAGUGGAGUAGCCAAUCAGAGCGUGUGAUUGCUCAUAUCCAGUGAAUGUGGAUAUAUAUAUCACACACACAGUAUAUUUCCAUCUACGCUUUUGCACAUGGCUACAAAAUUACCAAAAGUGUGAACUAUACACGUGAUAGGGUAGCUACAGUUUCAGGUAAACCAAGAGGUUAAAAUUGUAAUGAAAAGUCAAUAAUUUGUUGAGACAUUUAAAAGGAAGUGGUGCAACACACCCAAUGAAACUUAAAUUUAAAAAUACUUUAGCUCGACAUGUUGUUUCACUGAACUUCUGUUGAUGGACCAAGGCAUAGACUUAUUUGUGUCCAAGCUAAAGAUGAUGUAUAAUGAAGCUGAAUCUCAAAUGAAAUACAGCUGAGAUACACAUUAACAUCACGGUGGUGGUGUUUAAAAAGGAUCAAAUUUAAUAGCAGCACAUGCCUAAAGUUGGUUAACAGGAUCAUAACGUUAACAGGGGACCUGUGUGUUCAUUUAAAGGAACAGUCCACCGUACUUCCAUAAUGAAAUAUGUUCUUCUCUGAAUUGAGACGAGCUGAUCCGUACCUCUCCGAGCUUUGCGCGACCUCCCAGUCAGUCAGACGCGCUGUCACUCCUGUUAGCAAUGUAGCUAGGCUCAGCAUGGCCAAUGGUAUUUUUUGGGGCUGUAGUUAGAUGCGACCAAACUCUUCCGCGUUUUUCCUGUUUACAUAGGUUUAUAUGACCAGUGACAUGAAACAAAGUUCAGUUACACAAAUUGAAAUGUGGCGAUUUUCUAUGCUAUGGAAAGUCCGCACUAUAAUGACAGGCGUACUAACACCGACGGAUCAGCUCGUCUCAAUUCAGAGAAGAACAUAUUUCAUUAUGGAAGUACGGUGGACUGUUCCUUUAAGGGUGUGUGUGUGUGUGUUUUCAUGGCUGCUCAGAAUGCAGGAAGUGCAUGUACAGUGUGCUGUAUAUAAUGUUGCAUGGCUUUCCAUAGCAGCUUAGAUCAAACUUUGUGUGUAAUUAUUUUUUAACAAGCUUUUUUGUUUUUUUCAUACUGUAAACACAGCAUUGCAGUUGGUUAUUUUUGUCGUUGAUGUUUUUGGUAUUGAAUUGUGUAAUUUAUUUAUUGACUGAUGAGUUCAAACAGCAGUUAGGCUUCUCAGGAUGGAAGAUUGACGUAAAAGAACAAAUAAACUUUUCUGAGGUUUUA